AUGUCGUGGCUCAACAACGUACCAAACAAACAAACAUCACCAACCUUCCUUCAAAAGAAGAAGACGAAUUCAAUUAUCAUUGGAUCACCUCUUUCUAGAGGUACCAUCGAGACCAACAACACCGAACUUUUAGUUGGUUUCUCUCAGCAGCAGCAGCAACAACACCCAAUGGAGUAUUUUUUGGAAUCUUUAUUGGACGAGUUGCCAUCUGUUGACACCGAACAGCAGCUGGACUUUGGCUCAAUGCUGGACAGGAAGUUGUAUCUUGAUGUUCUGUACCAAGCAAUCGUGGACAGUUCUUUAUCCGUCGAUUUGUUGGACCAACAAUUGAAUGCACCACUCAUCAGAAUGUCAGAGGAAUCAAUCAUACACGCAUCCAAUGACAUCAAAGAGACAACACCAAUCAAGGCCCCACUCGAUCGUCUCAGCAUUGAGCUCAUCACACCAGUGGUCGCAAACGAGUCAACGAUUAAUGAUGUCUCCAGCUCAGUCAGCAAUGUUGUUGCCAUCCAACCACAAGUACCGAUUCCGUCAUCCUCAUCAAAGAAUAUUCCACCACUGUCCUCAUCUCCCUCCUCAUCAGCGUUCAGACCCAUUGCCGUUCAAACAAAGAGGGCUGCCUCCCCUCACGCCAUGUCACCGACCAUAAGCGGCAGGUCGACACCUUCACCAAAGAUGCUCCCUUCCUCUGUCAAUCCAAGGUCCUCUCCGUCCCUACUGAGUUUGUCCAGUGGUGGUGGUGGUGCACCACACAACCGAGUUGAGGCCAGUCCAUCGCCACCACCACUCCCUGGUGUCGUCAAUAGACGUCUGGAGCAAUUGGAGAGCGAGUUGGCACCACCAUCGCAUCUCCACACAAAAUUGCAUCAACUACGUUCAUCAGCAGGAAGCUCAUCAAGUAUCUUGGAUGUAAAUCAAUUCAACAUGGACAUUGAGAGAGCAUUGUUGGAUAUUGAGUCAUCUUGUAAACUAGAUGAUGAAUCACAACAACCAGAGGGAACAGCCGUAGCUUUGGAUCAGUAUGAUGAUGUAGUUGUUGAUGAUGCCGAAUAUCAUUACAAUGAACAAGAUACAAAGCAACAACAACAACAACAAACAAUUAUAACAAACAUUCAACAGGAGAAACCAAAGCGGAUGGCCUCACCUGUUACACCACCCCCAGAAUCUGUACCAACACAUCAUCACUCUCCUCCUACACGAGUGGAAUCAAAAGAGUUCACUUUGGAGGAUCUCAUAUCAAGGUACUCACGCGGUCAUCAACUGCCAGUAGCGACCAACAACAAAUCACAACCAAUGACAAUAGAGGCAACAUUGGAGGAUGUUCAAAUCAACACAAAGAUUGGUGGUGCAUCAGGAGUCAACGGAACACUGGGCCAUUGUCUCACUGGAAUGGCAUGGUCAAAGCCUGUCAUCUUCAAGAUGAUGAAUGUUGGCAGUGGACUGACCGUUGCAAUGGUCAAACAGAUCAAAGAUGAAGUCACCAAACUCAAGGAGCUCCGUCACGAGAACAUACUACCUAUUUUUGGAGUAUAUCACGAUGCAACAAACAUCUAUUUGAUCACACCAUUUGUGGAGGCUGUCAGUCUGGACCACAUCCUGCUCACUGAGGAAUUCAAGAUCAGUCAUGACUUUAUUACACGUGUCGCCAGUGGCAUAGCAAAGGCUAUGUGCUUCUUACAUCAGCACAACAUCACACAUCGUUCACUCUCUCCAGCGAACGUGCUGGUGGAUAAGACUGGUGGAGUAGUUCUUCGUGACUAUGCCUUCACCUCGAUCAAAGACAAUGUAUAUCAAUCAUCUUGUGCAGAUUAUAUUGCACCAGAGAUAAUCAGCAGUCAUUGCGCCAAGUACAACCAAACAUGCGAUCAAUACUCCUUUGCUCUGAUAAUGUGGCAACUAUUCCAGCGACAGCAACCUUUUGGAGGCAACCCUACCAACAUUGUCGAUAUGUUGGCCGCUGGUUUCCGUCCAUCCAUACCAGCCAACUUUCCCUCGGUCUUUGACAAACUGAUUCGCGCCUGUUGGCACCAAGACACAACAGCCAGACCAAACUUCUUCACGAUUGCAAAGAUCCUCAACCAGCCUACCAACAGACUUUUCAGUGUUAUCACCAAAGAGACACAACCAACAACCCAGCGUAUCAUUCAAUCACCACAGACAACUCAACCAACUCUGGUCAACGUUGUAUCACCACCACCGUCAACGUCUCCUCCAGUCACUUCUCCAUUGGCAACUGUUUCCUCACCAAUUGCCAAGUCAUCAACGCCGUUGCAAUCUGUAUCAUCGCCAGCAACACCAUUAGCAGCCACACAGAAGGCAGCUGCCAAAUCAACUACCCAAGCUGCGACAACCUCUGCAGUAGUCGCCAAUGACAGAUCGAAGCGACAAUUCCACCAGACUGGCGAGCUGCAGGAGAAGAUGAGACUGGUGCUCGAAAAGAUAUCAAAAAUGUUGGACGAUAUUUCCAAUUUGGAACAACCUCUCCAAGCAUUGGAGAAGCUCUCAAGUGAACAUGACAACCUAAAGCAUAUGACAUCCACUCGUCUGGUGCAUCAGAUUCUCAAACUUCUCGGAAAUGGAAGCGAGGCUCAUCACGAACUCAACUCACUUCUACGUGUCCUGUGCCAAAUGUGCAUCAAUGACGAGCUAUCCAAUGAUUUCGUUGCCCAAGGUGGACUGAUCAAAGUGAUCCGUCUGAUGAACUCAACCAAUGUUUCUAUAUCGAUACAAGCAACCAAGCUACUUACGGCACUGGCUGAUGGUAAGUUUAUAGUGGACGUUCAACAACAACAACAACAACAACAAUCUCUAACCUAUUACCACUUCCACGAGCAGAACAGAACUUGGAGCAAAUUCGAACAGUUGGUGGCCUGA